UGCCACAAACGGAUACACAUUCUAAGUUCCUGGUGUCACAUUCAUUUGUGUCCCCAAAAUGGCGAACGUAGCUGCCGCUGCGGCUGCUGCUGCCGCUGCCGCCGCCGCCGCGAAUAGAGACCCAGCCGUUGAUCGUUCAUUGCGGUCUGUGUUUGUGGGGAACAUUCCGUAUGAAGCCACAGAAGAACAGCUGAAAGACAUAUUUUCAGAAGUCGGGCUUGUUGUCAGCUUCAGGUUAGUAUAUGACAGGGAGACAGGAAAACCAAAGGGAUAUGGCUUCUGUGAAUAUCAAGACCAGGAGACGGCCCUCAGUGCCAUGCGGAACCUGAACGGGAGAGAGUUCAGUGGUCGGGCUCUUCGUGUUGACAAUGCAGCCAGUGAGAAAAACAAGGAAGAGCUCAAAAGUUUGGGAACAGGAGCACCCAUUAUUGAGUCUCCUUAUGGAGACAGCAUCCAGCCACAGGAAGCCCCAGAGUCCAUCAGCAGAGCUGUGGCCAGUCUGCCACCUGAGCAGAUGUUUGAACUUAUGAAACAAAUGAAGCUGUGUGUGCAGAACAGCCCCCAGGAGGCGAGGAACAUGCUGCUGCAGAACCCUCAGCUGGCCUAUGCUCUGCUGCAGGCCCAAGUGGUCAUGCGGAUUGUUGACCCUGAGAUAGCCUUGAAAAUGCUGCACCGUCAGACUCCAGUCCCGCCUCUCAUUCCCAGCGGGCAGGGUGGAGGAGCACCGCCUGUCAAUCCACCUCCUGCACAGCCCAGCGUGCCAGUGCCUCAGCCGCAGCCUGUGCCUGGGAUGCAUGUCAAUGGGGCCCCUCCGAUGAUGCAGCCCCCCAACAUGGGUGUUGUCCCUGGACCAAUGCCUGCACCAGGACCUGCACCAGGACCGGGUCCAGGACAAGUGGGACCUCCAGGACCAGGUGGUAUCCCUCCUAGGGGCCUGCUGGGAGAUGGUCCUAAUGAUCCCAGAGGAGGAACUCUGCUGUCAGUGACUGGAGAGGUCAUCGAACCCGCCCGCAGCUACAUGGGCGCUCCACCACCACACCAAGCCCCACCUGUACAUAUGACCCAAAUGGCAAGUGGACCCCCUCCCGAUAUGAGAGGACCUCCAAUGGACAUGAGAGGCCCACCCAUGGGCGAACCACGAAACAUGAUGGGUGACCCCAGAGGGCCCCCAAUGAUGGAACCACGGGGACCCCCGAUGGAAACCAGAGGUCGCGACCCGAGAGGGAUGGACGCUCGUGGUCCAGUGACAGGACAGAGGGUUCCCAUGGCGGCAGGGAUGCAAGGCCCUGUUCCGCAUAGCAUGGGUCCCAACGCUCCUCCUCCUGCAAGACCGGGUCCUGGUAUUUCUGGUGUUCCUCCAUCGGGAGGAGGCUUCAGUCCGGGGCAGAGCCAGGUCUCCACACAGGACCAGGAGAAGGCCGCCCUGAUUAUGCAGGUCCUGCAGCUGACCCCAGAACAAAUCGCUAUGUUGCCGCCGGAGCAGCGGCAGAGCAUCCUCAUCCUCAAAGAGCAGAUUCAGAAGACGGCAGGUGGGGCACCUUGAUGGUCUGACGGAGGGAAAAGCCUCAAAAGGUUUCAGGACAUGCAAACUGCUCCACCCAUGUCACCUUCAGCUUGAAGACCUGUCAUUAGUUUGGAAUAUUGUAGGUUUUUUUAAUCAUACUGUCUUGUUUUCUGUGUGAAAGAGUAAGGUUUGCUUUUAAGGCAACAAUGUAGGUGAAUGCUGGACAGAUAAAAAAGGCCGGAGCUGGAACGUCACCGGGUUUCAUCCUUUUCCUCCAAAGCUGACUGUUUUCAUGUUAUUGGCUCUGGUUUGUCUUGAUAUUGUUUUGUCAAUAAAAGAGGGGGAAAAAGACA